UAGAUUUAGAUCUUCAGAUUUAGCUAUUCUUCACAUUGUAUAAAAAUGAGUUUUAGUGUUCGUCCGAGUGCAUUAUAUUCAGCUAAUUCAAUAAGGUUGUCCUCUGAAGGGCAAAAUGAAAACAUCAAAAUCUCGACCUGUACGACCGAAAAGCAAACCAGAUAUAAAAUAUAUUUUCUUCAUUAUUUAACUUUUUGCUAAAUUCUUUUAACAACACUCUUCAUGACAUUAUUUGAUAACCGCAUACAAAAUGUUGUGACCAAAUAGAAACAAUAUAAAUUAAUUUUAUUAUGUGAAGACCAAUGUGCCUUUCGGUCGUAUAGCGGUUGAAGUUCAGAGGCCGGUUGUUCAAAGCUAUAGGUUAGCGCUAACCCUGGGUUAAAUUUUAUAUGGUUCUGCACUGCUUUCCGUUCAAGAUUCUGAAAAAUAAGACUUCUAUUUAUCCACAAAAUAUUUAUGAGAAAACAUGUUCAACUGCAUAACUGAACAAUUAAAAACACUGAUCGGUAAAAAUUUGAGUAAACCUAUGGUUAAUUUAACCGGCUUUUGAACAACCGUACCGCCGUACCGGCCCCAGAGUUUUAUUAUUAAUGUUCUUUAUAGAAGACAACCUUAGCUGUAUGGUCGAUCGUUUUGUCGAUCGCACGUAACAACAAAAACUUCGGUUGCAGGUCACACUGUAAACUAUGAUGACAUAUCUGACAGAAAUCCAAUUAAGUGGAAUAAAAUCCAUAUCUCCGCGCAGUAUUUUAUUAAUUAACUUCUUUCAGUUUUUUGUAGGAGUACGGUGCUUAUCUCACAGCGGCGCAUAAUCGAUCAUUUACGGUAUUUUUAACGGGGUUUCAAAAAUUUCAAAAACACAAAGAGAAACGAGGAGGCGGCAAUGAUGCUUGAGACACAAAAUGAAUCUUCCGAAAGGAGGGAUGCCGCUGACGAAAGCCUGAAGAAAGCUAGACAGCUGACAAAUGAAGCAAUAAGUAUGACUAGAGAGAAAUCGUCAAACAACGAGGAGUUAAAUAAGAAGAUUGCCGAUGUCUUAAACAUUUUUGCUUUGCCUGUUAAAUGGUACCAGCAAGGGAAGAUCGACCCAGCGGCAAUAAUCAAGGGGCUCGACAGGGAAAUCGAGGAGAGAAGCCACGUAGUAAAUUCACCAAUCUUCCCACACAAAGAUAGCGCUGUGGAGCUUGCCAUUGAAGCCAGUGGAGGACGAGUUCUCAAUGCAGUGUACUACUCCGAGUACAAGUCCCCACAACCAGUAGGCCAGCCGAUCUUGCAGCCACCGACUUGCGUGAAAAUGUUUGAGCCGAGCAUUCAUCUGCAAGAAAGAUUUAUGCUGUUCAGCAAGGGAGGGGCCGCUGCUAAGUUCGUAUCGAAUAUGGAGUCGACAAGUAUUAAUGCUGGAUUUGCUGUGAAAGGUGUGUCCUUUCUGGCAGAAGUUGAGAGUUCUUUCGGAAUCCGUCGUGAAAAUUCCAGCGAAUACAACAUGAGAUCCACCUGCGACAACCUCUCAGUCCUGAAAUAUGAAGCUAUUACAAAGAAAGAAUUCCAAAUUGAAGAAGAUAAGAUGAGAUUGACCGAGCCAGCGCGAAGACAUGCAUUGAAUAUUGGAAAGACGGGAAGGCAUGCGGAUGAUGCUCGGUCUUUCAUGCGAUUAUAUGGCAGCCAUUACCCGAUCGGAGUUCAUAAACUGGGUGGAAUAUUCUACAGUAUCGCAGACGCCGAAAGUUAUACCAGGAUCGAAACAACCCAAUUCGCUAAGGAAGCGGUCACCAAACUGGAAAGUCAAAUUUCCGCUGGCUACCUGGGUGCAGGCUUUGAGGCAAAAGGGAAUGUGUCUGCCUCGUCGAAGGAAGCCGAGGAAGGUGAGCAACAGGAAGAAAGUGUCUUCUAUCGAUUUUCAAAGCAGGUGAUCGGGCCAGGGGCGUCCAAUCCCCAGACCUUUCGCCAGCUUUUGGAGUAUAACUCGACCUGGGCUAUUAUCGACCGUGGGCCACCGGAGGGUUACGUACCAGUGUGGCAACUGCUACGCCAAGAGGGUAAGGAGUAUCAAACCGCUGCUGAAAAACUCAAGCAAAUUUGGGGACAAGAUGAAGAAGAGAGAAAAAAGAUCUGGAAAAUGAAAAUCAGGACAGAAAGAGAUGAAAGGGAUAUGCAACAAGUAAAGAAAGAUCUGCUGAAAAUAAGAGAGGAAUUUCUUGGAAGGCGUUAUCGAAUUGGCAAGAGUUACAGACCCGUUAACGCCAAGCUGAAGAUCGAAAAGGAUUGGUUGGAACAUAAAGAUGCCUACGAUCAAGCUAUAGACUUCAUCAUGGAAGAUCCAUACUGUCGCAUUUGCAAAAUAGUAUAUUGGUGGCAUAUUUGUGGAGGCGGCUACUCGCUGAUGUGUUGGGAGGUCCCACGAGAAACCAAGUUCCUCCAAUUUGAUACGAUAUCAGGAGGGCACGUGCUGUUUUUCUCCGAAACUUGCUUCCAGUGGAAAGAUGACGUUCCGCUGCGUGGAUAAUUGCAAUGACGAGUUCAGCAAUCACUUUACAUUAAACGAGAUUCUAUUACAUUACGUGCACAUGUAGUCCAGAGCAUCGCUUGCAGUUAAUAAAAUUUUGCAAUAAAAUUCAGUUAAAUUCACAAGGUUCUACUCCGGACCCUUAUU